AUGCCUCAUAUAUCGCUAACAAACUGUGCCAGAACUCAUGGCCCUCUAAUUUCGCUAAGGCUUGGCACUCAAAUCCUAGUUGUUGGGUCUUCUCCAGAAGCAGCAGAAGAAAUUCUCAAAACACAUGAUCGUCUACUCUCUGCUAGAUUUCUGCCAAAAUCCAAUCCCUAUGGAAGCUCUGUCCUUGACCGCAUUGCAAUUGUUUGGGCAACCAGAUGCACUGCAAUAGAGUCACAAGUCCCAUUGAGAGAAAAGAAAGUGAAGGAAAUGGUGGAAAUUUUGAGAAGUAGAGAAGGGAAAGUUGUUAGUAUUGGAGAGACGAUGAUGAAGUUGGGGUCUACUCCGAAUACAGUUGAUUUUUAUCCCAUAUUUGCAAGCUUAGAUCCCCAAAGUCUGAGAAGGAAGACCUCAAGCUGUGUUAAAGAAAUGUAUGCGAUAUGGGGAAUUUACAUCAAGGAAAGAAGAGAAAGCUAUGUUCCUGAUGGCCCAAAAAAGGAUUUCUUGGAUGUUUUUCUUGCAAAUGGAUGUCACAAUGAUCAAAUCAAUUGGUUGGCUCUUGAACAAGAAGAUGAUAAAUUCUCCUUAUUAUCACCCUCGAAUGCAUGUGGCAAGAGGUAUAACGAAAAUCCAGAAGUGGACAGUUAUGAUAAGGAUCCUAUCUCUCUAUACUCUGUUGUUGCCCUCACAAGUUCAUGA